UUCUUUUUUGUAUUAUAUAUAUUUACGUUGUGUUUACCUUUACUAUUUAUAGAGCGACGUCAUUGGAAAAUACUGGCUAUAAUACGUAUUUGGGUCUAGUGAUUAAAGCCGUAAUGUUGGCCAACCACGUUUUCCUGAAGAGGAAAGCUCCAACUACAUUCUGACAUAAACAACAACAACAGAAUAAUCGUAUCAGUUUUUGUACAUCAGAUGUGACAUUCAUAAGCAGAAAACUAUAGUAAACUGAACGACGUCAUUGGAAACCCCUGGUUUUAAUGCGUAUUCGAGUCUAGUGGUUAAAGCCGUAAUGUUAGCGAACCACAUGUCAUGAAGAGGAAAACUCCAACUACCUUCUGACACAACAAAAACCAACAGAAUAAUCUUAUCUGGCUUUGUAUAUCAGAUGUGACAUUCAUAAACAGCAAACUGUAGUUAACUGAUCAAUCGUAUCAUUAUCAAACAACGGAACAACUAUGACAACGUUUACUCAAGAACAAUACAACUUCGCACAUCUAGUGAUGUACGUUGGCAAGAAUGGCCCAAGAGUGCUGAAGAAAUAUUUAGUUGACAACCUAUUUAGAUAUCAGCUGCUAAAAAACGAAGUACAUCUCCUGGAAAACCUGGAUCCAAGCAAGUUUUCAUUGAUUUUCCCCGCAAAUGAACCUGUUUCGUCUCUUGACAAGUUGGAUGACGCAGUAGUGCUCGAUGUUUCUAAGCUGGUAUUCAACACUGAGGACAUAAAUGACACACAAGCGUUACGUCGUUGUUUAUACGCAGAAUUAGAAAAACCAAUCUUAUGCACAUUCAUGCAAAACAACGAAGCAAAAUUUCGGAAGAAAAACAAACGGUGCAAGUUAUUGAGUAGGAAACAAAUGGAUAUACUCUUUCCACCUGGUGACAGUAUCAAUAUUGACAAACUAGAUAUAACAGCUGUUUGCUUCAUACUUUUUGAGGGAUUUAACUUCAUGAAACCAAUAACAGAUCUGGACAAAUUCCCCGCGGAUAGUGAUAUAUCCCCCGGAAGCGAUAUUCUACGAAUAAAACUAUGUAGAAACAGGUUAGCUCACAAUCCAGAUGAUGAAAUAGGGGAUGGGGACUUUGAUACGUUGUGGGAGUAUAUGACGACAGCGUUUGGACGACUAACUGGCGAUGUGAAUUAUCGACAAGAAGGUGACCGGCUCAAAUGUGUCAGACCUCAUAUGGACAUCAUGGAUCGACUGCAGUCAAUAUUAGAGAAAUGGCACAAAGAGGAUCGAGAGGAACGUUCAGACCAUUUGGAAAAUAUUACGGAAAAGGUCGCUUGCUUUAAAGAACAUACUGAAAAUGUUAUAAGAGAUUCCACAAAAUGCAUAAUAUCAGCAGUGAAAAAAUAUGCAAAACACAAACCUCAUAAAGGUAAUUUUAUAUUCAAUACUUAA